AUGGCAUCCCAGUCCAAGGAUAUAAUUGCCGCCCUCGACAACUUCAGCCAUGCCUCAUUUAACGGCGACGAGGUAGAACGACUCCGUGUUCGUGCGGCGGCUCGGCGACUGCUUGCCAGGGUUGAGUCACCAUAUGAACGGGCCUGGGGUUUCUGCUUUGAGCACCCUGUUGUCUUUGCCGCCUUGCAAACCUGCAUUGAUCUUGGUCUUUGGAAGGCCUGGACAGGUGCCGGGGGUGGUGAAAAGUCCAUUGAUGAUCUGCUGAAGUUGGUUACACAUGAUAUCGAGCCAAACCUCUUGCGGCGACUAUUCCGUCUCUUGGCCGCUUUCAACGUCGUGGAAGAAACUUCGGAAGACACGUUCAAGCCGACCCCCUUUUCACAUGCCAUCGGGGAUGAAAGCACCAAAGUUCGCGCGUCACUUGAAGCAGCAAACUACCAAUAUAUCCUGGCUGGGCACAAUCUACCGAAAUACCUGGCCAAGAUUGGCUAUAAGGAACCCGCAGCGGCAGAUGUCAACAACCAUACGGAGAGCGACCCCGAUGGCCUCAACUUCUUCGGGCGCUUGCAAAAAAGCCCCGAGUGCUACGAAGCCUUUACGGGCCACAUGGAAGCUUGGACGGCUUGGAAGACGCCGUGGACCAAACUCUACGACCCUCGCAAGCUCCUCGAUGGCGCCAACCUUAGCGACGGAUCGCCACUCGUCGUUGACGUAGGGGGAAACACUGGCCUUGACAUUUCCCACGUUCUUAACGUGCUGCCAGAUCUGCCCGCUGGGGCGCUGGUCCUGCAGGAUCUUCCCGAGAUCAUUGCCAAGGCCAAGGUUGACGAGAAGAUCACGGCUAUGGUUCACGACUUCUUCGAACCCCAGCCGGUCAAGGGGAGCCGUGCAUACUUUAUCCAUGCAGUCCUCCACGACUGGCCGGAUUCCCAAGCCACGCAGUUGUUGCAGAAUACCCGAGAGGCUAUGGUUAAGGGUUAUUCUAAGCUCUUCGUUUACGACAUCGUGAUGCCACCGAAAGGCGCGAGCAUCAGCCAGACUACUAUGGAUGUAGAGAUGAUGUGCCUGCUCUCAGCUGCUGAGCGCACUAAGAGCGCCUGGGAAAAACUCUUAACUGGCGCCGGUUUCAAGAUAAUUAACUUCUGGCCUGACCCGCAAGAGUACGAGAUGCUAAUCGAGGCUGAGAUAGCUUAG